AGGGAAGUUAAAGCAGUUGGUGUACCUGGAUAUGUCAAAAAACAGGAUAGAAACUAUUGACUUGGAUGUAUCAGGAUGUGAAGCACUUGAAGAUCUCCUAUUGUCAUCCAAUAUGUUACAACAACUGCCAGACUCUCUAGGAUUGUUGAAAAGGCUUACAACACUAAAAGUAGAUGACAAUCAGCUUACAGUACUGCCCAAUGCAAUUGGAAAUUUAUCUCUAUUAGAAGAAUUUGACUGCAGCUGUAAUGAACUGGAGUCCCUACCUUCUACCAUUGGUUACCUUCAUAGCCUGCGGACAUUAGCUGUGGAUGAGAAUUUCCUGUCUGAAUUGCCUAGAGAAAUUGGAAGCUGUAAGAACGUAACAGUUAUGUCUCUGCGCUCUAACAAGCUAGAAUUUCUUCCUGAUGAGAUUGGUCAAAUGCAGAAGCUGAGAGUGUUAAAUCUGAGUGAUAACAGACUGAAGAAUUUACCAUUCACUUUUACUAAGCUUAAAGAACUUGCAGCUUUGUGGCUCUCUGACAACCAGUCCAAGGCCCUUAUCCCUCUGCAAACUGAGGCUCAUCCAGAAACAAAGCAAAGAGUACUGACUAACUACAUGUUUCCCCAGCAACCCCGCGGUGAUGAAGAUUUCCAGUCAGACAGCGAUAGCUUUAACCCUACUUUAUGGGAGGAGCAGCGACAGCAGCGGAUGACUGUAGCCUUUGAAUUUGAAGAAAAAAAGGAAGAGGAGGAAAAUGCAGGAAAAGUUAAGGUUGAAAUAAAUCUAAAACGUUAUCCAACUCCAUACCCAGAAGAUUUAAAGAACAUGGUAAAAUCUGUUCAAAAUCUGGUGGGCAAAACAAGCCAUGGAGUGAGGCCUGAGAACUCAACGCCAGCUGCCAACAGUGAGCAAAUUAUGAAAGAAAAGUAUGAGCACAAGUGGCCUAUGGCAACAAAGGAGAUUUCGGUGGAGGAUUCCUUUGGACAUCCUGCUAAUGACAUGAGGAUAGCAGAACUUCGCCCUUCAAUGGCUGAGGCUCCCUUGUACCAACCCAAACUUGUUCUUCUGGGUAAAGAAAAGAAAGAAUCAACAGAUGAAUCUGAAGCAGAUAAAAUCCACUGUCUCAAUAACAGUGUUUCCUCAGGCACUUACUCAGACUACUCACCUUCCCAAGCUUCCUCAGGGUCCUCUAAUGCUCGUGUUAAAAUGGGGUCCUUGCAAACAACUGCCAAAGAAGCAGUGAAUAAUUCUCUGUGGGGUAACAGGCUUGCGCAGUCUUUUCCACAGCCUCUUGAGACAAAGCCAUUACUCAGCCAGCUAGAGUCUGCUUCAGUGGGAAAUCUGCAGCAGCGCAAUGAUAGGCAUCCAAUGAGUGACACUUUUGCUGACAGCUGGAAUGAUGCCCCACACUAUGAUAACACAGGGUUUGUUGCAGAGGAGAGCACAGUGGAGAAUCCUAGCACUAACCCUCUCUUAUGCGCUAAAUCUAGAAGCACAUCUGCUCAUGGACGCAGGCCUUUAAUUAGACAAGACAGGAUAGUUGGCAUUCCCCUGGAACUGGAACAGCCUACACUCAGAGACACACCUGAAUCAGAAGUGCCUCCUCCCAAUCCUUGGCAGAAUUGGACCAGAACUCCAAGUCCUUUUGAAGAUAGGACCGCUUUUCCUUCUAAAUUGGAGAGCACCCCCACCACCAGCCCUUUGCCUGAAAGGAAAGAUCAUAUCAAAGAAUCUCCUGAAGCAGCUAGCACUUUUUCUCCAGGAGUAACCUGGGAGUAUCAUGAUUCAAAUGCUAACAGAAGUCUUAGUAAUGUCUUUUCACAUAUUCAUUGCCGUCCAGAGUCUUCUAAAAGUGUUAUUGCAAUGAGCAAGAGUACAGAGAGGCUUUCCCCAAUGAUGAGAGAUUUAAAAACUAGUAAAUUUAAGAAGUCGCAAAGUAUUGAUGAGAUAGACAUUGGUACAUAUAAAGUUUAUAAUAUUCCAUUAGAAAACUAUGCAUCCCGUAAUGACAAUGCAGGAACCCAUGAAAGACUAGAUAAAAUGAUAGGGCAGGAGCAUGGUAUGUCUAGUAUGUCUCGUAGCCAGUCUGUACCAAUGCUAGAUGAUGAGUUGCUGAGUUAUGGAAGUGUUAAGGUACAGCAGCAGCAAAAGCCUUCUGUUACCAAAAAAGUCUAUCAGUUUGACCAAAGCUUCAAUCCUCAAGGAGCAGUGGAAGUUAAAGCAGAAAAGAGGAUACCACCACCUUUUCAACACAAUCCAGAAUAUGUUCCCCAGCAGAGUAAAAACAUUGCCAAGGAUUUGGUUAGUCCAAGAGCCUAUAGAGGCUAUCCCCCCAUGGAGCACAUGUUUUCAUUCUCUCAGCCUUCAGUUAAUGAGGAGGCUGUUAAUGCUCAGUUCUCAACCCAGGGAUCAAGGUCAGGAUUUUUGAGAAGAGCUGAUUCAUUGGCAAGCUCCACUGAAAUGUCAAUGUAUAGAAGAGUAAGCGAACCUCACGAACUGCCUCAGAGUGAUAGGUAUAGCAGACCUCAGUAUAGAGCAGCUAUGGAACGCCAAAGCAGUAUCUCAGUGUCUGAAACCCAGUUCCUCAAAAGAAAUGGCAGGUAUGAAGAUGAACACCCUUCAUAUCAAGAAGUGAAAGCCCAGUCUGGAAGUUUUCCAGUUAAAAACCUUACACAAAGGAGGCCAUUGUCUGCAAGAAGCUACAGUACAGAGAGUUAUGGUACAUCUCAGACUAGGCCAGUUUCAGCUCGGCCUACAAUGGCAGCUCUAUUGGAAAAGAUACCAUCGGACUAUAACUUGGGUAACUAUGGUGACAAGCCUUCAGAUAACAGUGAUAUAAAGACAAGGCCUACCCCUGUGAAGGGAAAUGAGAGCUGUGCUAAAAUGCCUGCAGACUGGAGACAACAGCUACUUAGACAUAUAGAAGCUAGAAGGUUAGACAGGACCCCAUCACAGCAGAGCAACAUCCUAGACAACGGACAAGAAGAUGUUUCUGCUAGUAGCCAAUGGAAUCCGUAUCCACUUGGAAGGCGGGAUGUGCCACCAGAAACCAUUACUAAAAAGGCAGGUAGCCAUAUCCAGACUUUGAUGGGAUCUCAAAGCCUACAACAUCGGAGUCGAGAUCAGCAAUAUGAAGGAAACAUGAAUAAAGUGACCAUUCAGCAGUUUCAAUCACCACUGCCAAUUCAGAUCCCUUCUUCACAGAGCUCUCGGGCACCUCAGGCGGGGCGGUGCUUAAUCCAAACCAAAGGACAGAGGAGUAUGGAUGGCUAUCAGGAGCAGUUUUGUGUAAGAAUAGAAAAGAAUCCUGGCCUUGGAUUUAGUAUCAGUGGUGGAAUAAGUGGACAAGGAAAUCCAUUCAAACCUUCUGAUAAGGGUAUCUUUGUUACUAGGGUUCAGCCUGAUGGACCAGCAUCCAGCCUGCUCCAGCCUGGUGAUAAGAUCCUUAAGAUGGCAGUGAGAACACAUGAAGAGGCAGAUACUUCCUGAUCCCAUUUCAUUGCCAAUCUUCUGUCCUGAAGAAAUAACACAGUCCAUUGUAGAGCAUGUUUAGAAUGUCUGAGGUAUCAAAAGUGAGAUUUUUGUGUGUGUAUUGGGGAAGCUGUUUAGCUUGCCCCAUGAAAAAUGUGUUGGGUCUUUGCAAUAACAUGCAUGCUAUCUGAUAUGGCUCAUGAAUGGGGAACAUUUCUCCUCAAAAAGCCUGCCCUUCCUGGUUUUUUUUUUCUUUAAAAGUCAGCAUUGAAUUUUUUUAGGAAUGGUGGGGAAAUAAUGGCAAAUAUACAGACCCAAUCUGCAGUAGUUCCCACUGAGUAAAUCAAGUUACGAAUGUUUCAGGGAAAGACAUUGGGCCAGCGCGAAAGAUACAGGGAAAUCACAUGCUUUGCACGUGAAGAACUGCUCAUUACUGAGAAGUGUCCCUUCUUUUUCAAGGCCAUUCAGCUGUAGGGACUUUGGGAUUGAUCGUAUUUGAUUUCUCAGUACAAUAGCUCCCUAUCAAUGUUCACCAUCACUAGGUCAGAAAAAUCUCCAGAUUUGACACAGUGUACAGAGCAACAGCAAAACAAAGAAUGUCUUUUCCAUUUUUUCUGGAGUCCUGACUGGGAGCAGCUGAAAAUAUCCAUUCAGAGCUACAGUGCUUCAUGUCCUACAUAUGAAGUUUGUGAGUGUUCGUGGUCUCUUGGCUUCCAGUCAAGGCCUCCAGGUUAAAAAUACUCCCUUUCUUAACUGCUGUAAGGAAUGUGACUAAGGCCUGGUCUACACUACGCGUUUAAACCAAAUUUAGCAGCGUUAAACCGAUUUAACCCUGCACCCGUCCACACAAUGAGGCCCUUAAUAUCAAUAUAAAGGGCUCUUUAAACCGGUUUCUGUACUCCUCCCCAAUGAGAGGAGUAGCUCUGAAAUCGGUAUUGCCAUGUUGGAUUAGGGUUAGUGUGGCCGCAAAUUGACGGUAUUGGCCUCCGGGCAGUAUCCCACAGUGCACCACUGUGACCACUCUGGAAAGCAAUCUGAACGCAGAUGCACUGGCCAGGCAGACAGGAAAAGCCCUGUGAACUUUUGAAUUGCAUUUCCUGUUUGCCCAGCGUGGAGCUCUGAUCAGCACGGGUGGCGAUGCAGUCCCAAAUCCAAAAAGAGCUCCAGCACGGACCGUAAGGGAGAUACUGGAUCUGAUCGCUGUAUGGGGAGACAAAUCUGUUCUAUCAGAGCUCCGUUACAGAAGACGAAAUGCCAAAGCAUUUGAAAAAAAUGUCCAGGUUAUGAUACAGAGUCCACAGCACAGUGCUGUGUGACAAGCGUAACGAAAAGCCAAAGAAUCAAAUCGAUGCUCAUGGACGGAGGGAGGGGGGACUGAGGACUCCAGCUAUCCCACAGUCCCCAAAAAGUAUUUGCAUUCUUGGCUGAGCUCCCAAUGCCUGUAGGGUCAAACACAUUGUCCGGGGUGGUUCAGGGUGUAUCUCUUUAAUUUACCCCUCCUCCCCCUCCGUGAAAGAAAAGGGAAAAAAUUGUAUCUUGACUUUUUUCAAUGUCACUGCAUGCUGCUGGUAGACAGAGUGCUGCAGCACUGAAUAGCAGCAUCUUCUCCUUUCCCCUCCCCAGUGGCAGACGGUACAGUACAAAAGGACUGAUAGCCGUCCUCAUCAUCAUCCCAUGCGUG